CGAGCCUCUUAUCAUGCCACUAAGUCAGCCAAUCCCACACUCCCAGUUCCUUCUACCCACUCGAGGCCCUGGUUCUAGUUCCCGUCCUGUCCGCCAGCUAGUCAGUCCCUCCAGCGGUUCGAUCAUCACGUCAUGGUCUGCUUCUAAGUGUACGUGACUCGAACUCUCAGCGGGAGGGCUUCAGAGUGGUCGUGGUGGCUGGAAGCGUCUCUACAACAUCGUCUUACUUCUGGUUGUGUUGGUUUGUCCCAAGCUCCCGGCAGGAUGAAGAUGUGGCAGGUUGUCCUCGCCGUUCUGGCAACACUGGCCUCCUCCUCCGCCCUGACGGUGGGUCCCGUCACCCUCCCCAACAACAACCGCUUCAUCAACUUCACGAAAGGAGCCUCGCCGGACAACAGUCUCCUGAGCUGCGACUUCGAGCUGGGGGCCGGUGAGGAGCUGUCACGGGUGUCGUGGGAGCUCAUCGUUGACGGGGCCAACGUGGGAACCUUUGACUGGGAGGGUCCCGGCGCAAGCAAAGCCGGCGGGCGGCUGCAGGGUGUGGUGAACCUGGGCCGAAACGACGGGGCGCUGCAGCUGACGGAGCUGCGGUACGACCUGAGCGGCGAGUACUCAUGCCGCGCUGUAGCGAGCAACGGUGAGGAGGCGGCGACGGCGCCCUGGGAGGUGCUCAUCGUGGACAGUGUAUCGCACCGCUCCACCCUCCACACCAAAAUCACCAAUUGUAGCUACACGACCAGCUACUCCACGCUGGCCAUGUUCCCGAAGCCCGAGGUGCGCGCCGGCCUAUACUCCAUAUCCACGGGCGGCUUCUACGACGAAAUCCCCAAGACUUCUUGGCGAACCGUGAAUCACGACAACGGGUCCGUCACGUAUUCCUACUCCGACUUCACCUUCCAGCUGGACUCGCGCACGCCUGAGGACGUCAGCUUCUUAGUGAAUGUCGGCGUGAUGAAGGCGGACGGCAACUUCAUCCCCGUCAGCUCCGCAAAGGACGAACACCUCAUCCUGCACCACCUGGGAUGUCCGGAGCCCCGCCUGGAGGAGUACCAGCACAUAAAAUACCACCGGGACACCAUCACCUGCCGCGGCGAGCACAAGGACACUGAGGCUACAGUGACCUGCAAGGAGGGUUACCACGCCGACGGGAACCGGGACGAGGUGCUGGUGAGGUGCGAAGAGUCGACUCACAAAUGGGUGCUGGAGGACGGAACGCAGGCCAGGAGGGAACACUUGGGCUGCGUGAUCAACCGGGCACCCAGUGCCGCCUCGAUCCCUGCCGCUCUCCUCGGCGUCGCCCUCGUCUUGCUCAGGCUCUCCGUCUCCUAGGCAGCCAGCCAGCCGGACAGACAGUCGUCACCAGAUCCAACACAGUUUGAUUGGUGCAGUCAGCGAGGUCAUCGGUGUGUGGUCAGAGCAAUUAUGUUACUCCGCUGUGGAUGUGUAGUGUUAAUUCGCACGUACAAGCAUAGUUAAGCAACAGUAGUAGUAGUAGUAGUUUAGAACUUACAAACAAUUGUAUAUGUUAAGGUAGAGUGCGUAGAUGCACGCCUAGUUGAGAACAAAUCAACAAAAGUAAAACUAAAGCUGUAAUAAAGUGAAACUAUUUUGGAGGCUAAAGGGCCUACCGUGCUGGUGUAGAAUAUGUAGCUGCACAAACUUUGUGAAACUGUAAAAAGUAGUGUAAGUUGUGCCCUCUUAAUGGCGUAGAGUAUGUCCACACACUGUGAGCUAGCACUGAUGUAGAAGUAUUACUUUCACGUGAAUAAUUCAUUUUUUGCAUCCGUCUUGUUUGAAGGUCAUUUCACGUCAUUGUUUUUAAUUCUCGAGCAUGGCAGUGACGAGAGCUGUGCUCACGAAGAUCACGGUAGCGUCCUGAUAAUAGACUAGUGUUUUGUGUUCUGUUUACAGUAAAGUAUUAGUGAGAACACCUUCGAGGCGAAGUGAUUCUCAAAAAUUUUAUCCACGGGACCCAGAUUCGAAUUUGGCACAGGCAGACAGAACGCCGCCUACCGCUGCAUUUACUUCAUCUCAUCUGAACUGAUCGAUGAACAGAAAACUAAGGAAUGCGACUGAUAAUCUGGAGAUCACUGGUGUCAUCGUGUCCCGGGCGUGAGGGUUGUUUAGGGGCACGGGUUUGAGAUGCUGGAAGCUGUGAGAGCCACCCAAGGAUUCUAACUCUAGGCUCCUUGCAGGCGCGCCGCCCCGACCUUGACCUCUGCCUCAAGUUCAGUAAGUUUUACUUCUUGAAGAUAUGUGUAGCAGUGAAAAAAUAAUAAAAAUAGUUUUUU